CGGGCAACAUUAAAAGAAAGCAGCUUUUACCAACUCUUUUCUUGGUAGCUACACCCAGAAAUAACCCAAUUUGUUGUUGUCAGGGGCCUGGUUAAACAGGGCUCUUUGACAGAUGAGAAAACUAAGGUUUAGAAAGGCCGAACAAUUUGCUUGAGGUUCGCACUCCUGGGCAACACUGGUUCUGUUACAUCUCUUUAGGCAGCUGAUUUUCCCACUCAGAACUUCUGAUGAUUUUUAGCGUUCUCCAGUCCCCCAAAUCUCUAGCCUCCCUCUCUUGGCCUCAUUCUCAGCUCAUGACCUGAGCUUUUCACAGAGAAUCAGAGUCAUCGGGACAGGAAAUGCCUCCACUCGCCAACACCAGAACUUCUACCUUACCUUGUAGGUACACCCAUCCUUUUCUCCCUUCUGGUUAUUAGAAAGGGAGAUGUGUCCACCCACCCAUUGGAUGGCUGUGUGGCCAUCUGUUCUCCGUAUCCCAACCCUUCUUGCCUUAGAGGACCCUUAUGCUCAUCUCUCCAGUAUCUUCAGCCUCUUCUCUGUAGGAUCCUUCCUACCAUCAUUUAAGGUGUUCUGGUCUACCCAACUUCAAAUGCACAUAUGUGGUUCUGUAUCUUCCUCUGCUUGUCACCUCAAGCCUCCCAUCCACACUCACCAUCUCCACCAUGUCAUCUCCGUUCCAGCCUGACAUCCACCUGCAUGAGCUACGACCACCAUACCAAGGUCAUGGGUCCAUCCCCAAUUAGAGCUGACAUCCUUCCUGGAUCUGGACACGCUUUGAUUCUUUUCAUCUUGGUGGGAAAGCAGUUUUAGGAUACUGACAAACAGAGGCCUGUCAGAGACUUCCACAUGCCCUGAAUUUAUCCCCUGGGAAAAACCAUAUUUAGAUACUAACCUUAAUAGCUUUCAAUCCCUCUACCUGAGGGCAGACAACUUCAAGUGUCUGUGUGAUCCUGAGCACCAAAUUGACAUCGUUCCUAUCAGGAAUAAACUAACAGCUUUGCCCAGCAGCCUAGUUUGAAUAUAAUGAAGUAACCAUAGAGUUCAACACUAAAACAUCUACCACUGAGACACUGAUAACCGUGUGGCUGGCACUGCUUCUGCAGCUCUGCGUGGAUCAACCCAGCUGAACUUCUAGGGAAUUGCCAGGUCAUCUCUAGCAGAAUGCUGUGUGUGCGGGUUUGCUGUUCUGUUGUGUUCCCGGAGAGCCUAAUCCUUCAGAACCUCUUAGGACUUAAUUCCAUAAACCCUGGGAUGAAGUUCUGUGUUAGUCCUUAGUUUUUCCAAGAUUUGAAACACUUAGAACAAACCAUCUGGUACCUGAGCAAAAAACAUGUCAGUAGAAGAAUUUAUAUAUGUCGUUCAUAAGUGCAAAGACCCAAAUCUGUUACAGAAGCGAUGAUGUCUUUACAUCCCUGCCCUGGAACAGCAAUAGUAUCUAGCGCUACCCCCACAGCACCUACAAUCAUGACCUGGUCGGACUAAGAAAUGCUGCCCCCAAACCGUCACUAAAACGUACAUGUUGGUACGCUCAGUGGAAGAGUUUAAGCUGUCCGCCUCGACCUAGCAGCAGCAGUGAGGCUGGGCAUUCCCUUACUCACGAAGCGCUUCUGUGCCGGAUCUUGGUUCUCCUCCUGCCUUCCUGACUGCCGGCCCUUUUGUUCCUCACUGACUCCGUCCUCUCCACCUGAACUUUAGACAGUAAAAUUCUCAGGUUUCCGUCCUGGGUUCCGAACUUCCCAAUUCUCCCCCUUGGUGAUUUCAGCCACUCCCUUGGUUUCACCCACGCUGAGCCUGCCCAGAGGUGUGCAUCUACCCCAGCCUGCCGUUCCUAGCCCGAACCCGACUUGUACAGUCGAAGUACGGCAUCUCUCCUUGGUUCUCUCACACAUAUGUCAAGGUCAACAUGUCCACAGCUGAACUCAUCUUGCCCCGAUUCCCCAUUUCUCUGGAUAGAAAUUUGGGUGUCAUCUGGAGAGCCACUUUUUUGGGGUCACCACCACCUCCCAGUCCGUUACCACCUCAUUGUUUCUCCAGGCCACCCACGACCGCGCAUCUCCACUGCCGCAUACUGGAGCUGUACCUCGCAUCUGCUGACACCAACAUGGCCUAAAUCUUUAAAGUUCAAAAUCAUUAACUCGGCGACCUGGGUGAUUAGGGCCUAAUUUUGUGCCCACUGUCUCUGUCGUUCUUGAAGCAAGGCUUUGUUCGGUUUCUCAGAAAGUGCAACGACCUUCUCAGCCCGGUUCUUCAGCACCUGCUGUUCCCCAUCCCCCGGCGUCUGCUUCUCCGACUCUGCUCGCACAGCUCUCGUCCAUCUUUCCGGCCCAGUUUAAAAAUACCACCUCCCCCAGCAGCCUUUCCCGGCCCGGGGUCUCGUUAGGUUUCCUUCAUGGGCUGUCAUGACAUCUCCCAUUCGUCACCCUGUUUAAAUGUUAUCCAUGUGACUGGAAGCUCCCGGAGCUUGUGUGUGUCCGGCCCUCCGGGGUCUCCAAGCCCCGGGGCCAGUGCCUGGCUCAUAAUAGGCGUCCCAGAACCCCUUGCCGCGUGGAAGGGUGGGGAUGCGGGUGCGAUUCCAACCCGCGAUUCCUUCGGAGCCCGGCGCCUUCACCUCUGCCACUCUGGUUCUGGGUUUCCGUGGAGGUGAGAAGUGAUGGGGGAGCGCGGGCGUGGGAGCGGGAAGCUGGGCUGAGUUCUACAGGCGGCAGGGGCAGGGACACGUGGCCCGGACAAUUCAGCAGCGCCGAGUGCCCGAAGCACUGCCCGCGGGCGCCGAGGGGCGGCCCCUGUGGCGCGCCGGGCCGUCCUCGCGAGGCCCCAGGGCUUCCACGCGUGGGCCCUGGCCGGAGGCGGAGGGUUCCCGGAGGAGCCUCCCCAGGCGACCGCCGCAAAAGAGGCCCUCUCAGAUCUCACCUGCCACGGCCCCCCUCGCCCACGCGGGGAUCCUGAAUGUGAGAGGCCGGUCCAGGAGACUAGACCACUGAACCCGGUCGCCGUGAAUAUUCUGGGGACCAGAGUGGACGCAGCUUCCUUCUCCUGGACAAGAAAACAAUCAUUCCAAAGAACUUCAGAAAGGCCACCUACAAUUAAUAAGAAAUGUUAAGACUGCCCAAAAAAGGCUUACCUAGAUUCGACCAAAUUCAAGAUGAAGAAACCUACCUGGAAAACUUGGUGGUACAGAGAAACGCUUCUGCUUUUUUUGAGAAGUACGACCGGAGUGAAGGGCAGGAGUUGCUGACCACGGCGCUGGUCAGCUGGCUGUCCACCAAAGACGACGUCCGCUCUCCGCUCGACCUCCCGUGUGGAAUUAUGACCCAAAUGAAUAAUGUGGGUUUCUCCACGGCCAUCCUGCUGACUCCUGUGGACCCGACUGCCCUCUUAGACUAUAGGGAAGUCCAUCAAAUCAUAAGGGAGUUGGCUGUUGGAAUUUAUUGCUUACAUCAAAUUCCCUCAAUCAGUUUAGAAGCUAAUUACGAUCAGAGUUCCUCUUGUCAAUUACCACCCGCUUAUUAUGAUACCAGAAUUGGGCAAAUUCUGAUCAAUAUUGACUACAUGCUGAAAGCAUUGUGGCACGGGAUAUACAUGCCCAAAGAAAAACGAGCCAGAUUCUCUGAACUGUGGCGUACUAUCAUGGACAUUGAUCCAGACGGGAAGCCUCAAACCCAAAAAGAUAUUUUUGCAGAGUUUAGUUCUGCAGGCCUGACUGACAUCACGAAGGACCCAGACUUCGAUGGGAUCUAUGACGAAGACAUGAAUGAGGAUCCCACGUACGAUCCCAAUAGCCCUGAAGAAAAAGCUGUUUUUAUGAAAUAUGCUGAAAGCAUUAUGCUGAAAUUAACGUUCAGUACCACACAAGUUCAGCAGUAUGAGAAUGUUUUUAUAUUUGAAGCAGCCUAUUGGCUUACAAACGCUAUAAAAUGUACUCAGGACUAUCUUGAUAUUUGUACCUACCAGAGGCUACAGCAAAGAUUGUAUCUCCAGAAAAAGAUUAUUCAAAAACACUUUGAGAAGAAAAAAGAAAUCAGAAGAGGGAUAGGAUACCUAAAGUUAAUAUGUUUUCUGACUCCAUUUUUAUUGAGUUUAAAAAAGAAGAUGAAAGUUCCAUAUUUAAGUAGUCUGCUUCCGCCUUUUUCAGAUGACAAGGUCAAGACAGAGCGAGAAUUGCCUCCGUUUAUUUAUGGACGAGAUUUUAAAUGUCAGCAUUUUCACUACAAAGAGGAUCAAUACUUUCAUGUUCAUGGAGGAGUUGAAUUUGAUAUCAGCACACCUUCAAUUGAGAAUGCUUUGGAAGAUUUUAAGAACAAUUUAGAAAAAAUACGGGAUUGUGCUGCCAAUGCCUUUGUGGAAGAUUCGGGAUACAAGGAACAUUACUCAAUACCAGUCAUGGAACUUAAUGGAAAAAGCUACUAUGUGAUCUGUUUUGAACUUGAAGCUUUCUAUCAUCAGCUAUACAAGACAAAAUGGUGGGGAGCCAUAAAUGAAGUUGUGAACAGUCUGAAACCAAAAAGGCUUCCACUAACAGAUGCUCAAUUACAUGAACAAUUUAAGAAAAAAUUUGGUUUCAAAAAAGCUAUGAAAUGCAAGAGCAUCCCAUUUGGGAUGAAGUCUGCUGUUGAAAGAGGAUUGUCUGCUGUUUUCCAUACAUUUAGCCGUAAAACCUCAAGCUUGACCAUCAACGUUUCAGACGAAUCAGGUUAUGCCAUUUUCCAUCACGCCGCCCUGCACAACAGAGUGGCUAUCAUAUGUCAGCUGCACAAUGCGAACUUCAACGUCAACCAGAGACGCUUUAUUAUGUUUAGCCAAGAGUCAUCAAAAAUGGACAUGAAAAAAGAAAGAAAUGGUCCAACACCUCUACACCUGGCAGCGCAGGCUUGCUCAUUGGAGACGACCAUCUGUCUACUCUGUUUCAAAGCUGAUUACACGCUUUCUGAGAAACGAGGCUGGAUGCCCAUUCACUUUGCUGCUUUCUAUGACAAUAUUGGCGUCCUCACUGCCCUUUAUAGGAAGGAUCCUAGUUUGCUGGAGGCAGAGGCAACAGCUGAGAAUCAGUGUACUCCCCUGCUACUCGCUGCCACCUCGGGAGCACUGGACACUAUUCAGUACCUAUUUUCUCUCGGUGCUAACUGGAGAAAAACAGACAUCAAAGGAAAUAAUAUAAUUCAUUUAUCAGUGCUAACUUUUCACACAGAGGUUCUCAAACAUAUAAUAGAGUUAAAUAUUCCUGAACUCCCAGUUUGGAAAACUCUGGUAGAAAUGUUGCAUUGUGAAAGCUAUAAACGACGGAUGAUGGCUGUGAUGUCUUUGGAAGUAAUUUGCUUAGCAAAUGAUGGAUACUGGAAAUACAUUUUGGAUGCAGGUACCAUUCCUGCCUUAAUCAAUCUAUUGAAAGGCUCCAAAAUAAAAUUACAGUGCAAGACAGUCGGGUUGUUGAGUAAUAUCUCGACCCACGCCAGCGUCGUGCGAGCGGUGGUGGAGGCGGGGGGCGUCCCGGCCCUGAUCCACCUGCUGGCGUCGGAUGAGCCCGAGCUGCACUCCCGCUGCGCGGUCAUCCUGUACGACGCCGCUCAACUCGAGAACAAGGACGUUAUUGCCAGAUGCAAUGGAAUCCCAGCUCUAAUAAGUCUUUUGAGGUUAGACAUAGAAAAUGUGCUAAUAAAUGUAAUGAACUGUAUACGGGUGUUAUGUAUGGGAAAUGAACAAAACCAAAGAGCAGUGAGAGACCAUAAAGGCAUCCGAUAUCUUAUCACAUUUCUGAGUUCUGAUUCAGAUGUGCUGAAGGCUGUAUCUUCUGCCACAAUCGCUGAGGUUGCCCGUGACAACAGGGAUGUUCAGGAUGCUAUUGCUCUGGAGGGAGCCAUCCCUCCUCUGGUGGCUCUUUUUAAAGGGAAACAACUUAGUGUCCAAGUGAAGGGAGCAAUGGCUGUGGAAUCACUGGCUAGUUAUAACCCGUAUAUACAGAGAGCAUUUCUGGAAAAAUCAUUAAGUAAAUAUCUUUUAAAACUCCUCAAGGCAUUUCAAACAGAUGUUAAGGAACAAGGAGCUGUAACCCUCUGGGCCUUGGCGGGACAAACCCUGAAACAGCAGAAGUACAUGGCAGAGCAGAUCGGAUACAACUUUAUAAUAAACAUGCUUUUGUCGCCGUCCGCUAAAAUGCAGUACGUUGGAGGUGAGGCAGUCAUAGCCCUAAGUAAGGACAGCAGGAUGCAUCAGAACCAGAUCUGCGAGGGCAAUGGCAUCGCUCCGUUGGUUCGCUUACUGAGGAUUAGUAAAAUCGCGGAAGGCACACUUCUGAGUGUCAUCAGAGCUGUGGGGUCCAUUUGUGUUGGUGUCGCCCAUACAAGUAAUCCUAUCAGUCAACAAUUUGUUGUAGAGGAAAAUGCCUUUCCAGUACUUAUUCAACUACUGAGAAAUCACCCUUCUCCUAACAUCAAGGUUGAAGUGGCAUUUACCUUGGCAUGCAUUGUCCUAAGGAAUGAUCUGUUACAGAACGAAUUACAAGAAAACGAAGGAUUUAGGUAUGCCGAUGUCCUUGAACUUCUUCACUCACCAGAUAAGGAUAUCUGUUUAAGGGCGGGCUAUGCAUUAUCCCUUUUUGCCUUCAACAAUCGCCUUCAACAAUACUUAAUUUUGGAAAGUGGAAUCAUGACCAUAUCAAUCUUUGAACCCUUUCUUGAAUCAACAGUUGAAACUGAGAAGGCAAUGGCAGCAUUUCAGAUUAUUAUCUUAGCUAAAGUCAUUAUAGAUGUGGACCAUAUUACUUUGUCUGCAAGAGGUGUUACUAUUUUAGUCGAUAGUCUGUAUUCAGUUCAUUCCACUACCAUUAUCUUGACAGGGAAUUUAAUAGCUAGCCUGGCUCAUUCUAGAGCUGCUAUUCUAGAAGCAUUUACCACAUUAGGGACAAUCCAAAAGCUCUGCUAUCAUUUGUAUUCUGGAAAAGAAGAGGUUCGCACAGCUUGCUCCUGUGCUCUCGGCUACUUAACUUACAACGCGAAUGCUUUCCGCAUCCUACUAAAGGAAUGCAGAACUAAGCCUAACCAGUUCCUCCGUAUAACAAAUAAUAUCAACAGAGAUGCAAGUAUCAACCCAGCUUUUUUAAAGGAAUUUCAAAUGCAGCAACGAGUGGGACUUCCUUCCUUAAGUCUAGAGAAAAAUGGAGGACCAUCCAUAAUUCCUGUCUUUAAAAAAGGGAAAGAGCAUCGAAGAAAAUUAAAACCUAAAAUUCAACCAAGAGAUUCUUUGACUUUAAUACCUCCUGUAACCAACUUCAUGGGACUCUUCAGAGCAACAAAAAAGGCCCCUGUUUCUCACAAUAUUUUUUCCUUUUCAUCUGCAAUUUCAUCAGAUAUCACAGAAGUAUCAAGACCAAGAAUAGUAUUUUUGAGGCAACUUGGGAAACAGGUACAGAAAGCUAACCCAGAGCCUACAGAAGGCUAAUAAAACCAUUAAU